UGAUCAGUCUUCGUCGAGACCUUCACUCGCCCUCCGCCGGGCCAACCGCAGGCCCCAUCCCACCCCCGUCGCCAUGCACGAAGGCCGCAAGAUCAACGUCGGUGUGCUCGGCGCAACUGGCACCGUCGGCCAGCGCUUCAUUGCGCUCCUCUCCGAGCACCCGUUCUUCGUCCUCCAUGCGCUGGGCGCAUCCCAGCGAUCGGCGGGCAAGCCGUACGCAAGGGCGGUCACCUGGAAGCAGACGAAAUAUAUUCCGGCCGUCGUGAGGGAGGUGGUCGUCAAGGAGUGCAAGCCCGAGUGCUUUCGCGGGUGCGAAAUUGUGUUUUCAGGCUUAGAUGCUGAUGUCGCUGGUCCGAUCGAGGAAGCCUUCCGCCGUGCAGAAUUCGCCGUGUUCUCAAACGCGAAGAACCACAGACGGGACCCGAACGUGCCCCUCAUCGUGCCGCUCGUGAAUGCCUCACAUUUCUCCAUGAUCCCCCAACAGCGCUCCCUGCACAACCCACCCCUGCAAAAAGGUUUCAUUGUCACCAACGCCAACUGUUCAACGACGGGGGUCGUGAUUCCCCUCGCUGCCCUCGAAAAAGCAUUUGGUCCGAUCGAGUCAUGCAUGAUUACGACCAUGCAGGCCAUCUCGGGCGCAGGCUACCCCGGCGUGCCGAGCCUCGACAUCAUCGACAACAUCGUGCCUUACAUCGGCGGUGAGGAGGAAAAGAUGGAGUGGGAGACCCUCAAAAUCCUAGGCGGAGUCAGCGAGGGAGAGGACGGCCGCAAGAUCUUCGACAUGCACGCCCGGCAGCCUCUGCGAGUAUCGGCGCAGUGCAAUCGCGUCCCUGUCAUAGAAGGCCAUACGGAGUGCGUCUCUGUGCGCUUCGCGCGGAGACCGCCGCCGAGCCCGCAGCAGGUGCGCGAGGCCCUCCAGGCGUACACGUCGGAUGCAUGGACGAUGUCGUGCCCGUCCGCGCCGCGGCACACGAUCUUCGUGCAUGAAGAGCCAGACCGGCCACAGCCCCGGUUGGACCGCGACUACCAGUCCGGCGCCGGCGUGAACGUGGGGCGUGUGCGCCAGUGUCCCGUGCUCGACAUCAAGUUCGUCGUGCUUGCGAACAACGUCGCUAUCGGCGCGGCGACGAGCAGCAUCGUGAAUGCAGAGCUUGCGGUGUGCAAGGGCGUCAUCUAGGGGCUGUUUGAUUGGUUAGAGACGAAUAGAGAGAGAAAAGCCAAGUACAUGUACCAUUAAUGUCGGGCUCAUAGGGACAUCUACGCACACAACCCAUGUAACAGUCGACCCCUACGCACAUACCGUUUAAGCGGUGACAUAUCAGCUGCUGUUGUGAUUUCACUUGCAGCUCACCACUGUAUCCUUAUAAUGCCGCGUAUUCAUAAGGAUGUCUAUGCGACCCUACUCAUUCAUGCG